AUGUCCUUGAUCACGAAUCCCGUCAAAAAUGCCGAAAGUCGUUCCAUAUUAUUUGAAAAGGCAGUUGUUCUCUCAGGUCACACGGGUGCUGUUUUUUCCAUAGAGUUCAGUGCCGAUGGCCAUAAUAUUGCUUCUGCAGGCAUGGACCGAACGAUACGACUCUGGAAUCUUCCCACUACUGCUGACAAUGAGGCUCCAAACUACGGAGUGAUUGAGGGGCACAAGAAAGCGAUCACCUCACUCAGCUGGAUUCUGUCAAGCAAAAUACUAUCUGCCUCUGCGGACUCAACUGUAUCGGUCUGGGAUGCAGAAACGGGUCAAAGACUCAAAACCGGAAAAGGGCACGAGCUUACUGUAAACGAUUGCAGCACCAGUUCAGAAGGCCCAUACUUGAGUGUGGGCGAUGACGGCACAAUUCGACUCUGGGAUGAGCGGGAAAAAUAUGAGGUGAGUAAAAUUGAGACGCCGUAUCCGAUACUAGCGUGUGAUUUGAGUAGCGAUGGAAAAAUCGCAUACGUCGCCGGAAUCGAUCCAAGCGUGCGGGCAUAUGACGUGAGUUCAGGAAGCUUGUUAUGGAGCUGCGAUGGGUUUACUGAGACCACUACCGGACUAGCCUUGAGCUCGGACGAAUCGAUGCUUGUUCUGCGAGCCAUGGAUGGUUCCGUAUACACCAUCAACGCCAAGUCGUUUGUACCUGCAGGCGUUUCUAGGAAAGGUCAAACAUAUGAAGGGGCUGUUGGCGGAGCGCAGAUGCUCGUAUCUCGGGCAAAAUUCUCUCAUGAUGAUAUAUACAUUUGCCUGGCCUCUGAUGACCAUCUGGCGACGAUGUGGGGCACAGCAUCACAAAGAAUGGCGGCAAAAUUAACAGGCCACGAGGCGGCGGUAGUUGACAUAGACUUCCAUCCUCGGGAAAAAAUCUUGGCCAGCUGUGCCUUGGAUGGCGAUAUCAUUGUUCGUGAGUUCUAG